AUGGAUGCUACGAAUGAAUUGGGCAAUGUAAUGGGUAGUUUUACUGGUACCAGUAUUACUCUACACGAGGACGUUUCCUUUCCGUUGUUUUCGACAUUUCCAUUGGAAAUUCGACGUCAGAUCUGGAAACAUGCUUUGAUAGGUCCUCACAUUCACAUUGUAUCUAGCUACGUGGCAACUCGUAGCAGGAUUACGGAAAUUAUGCAAACAUGCAAGGAGGCAUAUGAUGAGGGCAUUCAGCUACAAUUUUCUCAUUUCACAUUUUGCAAUUACGGUUCGUGGGGGGACGACAAUUGCCAUGCACAACUUCCAAAACAUUACAUGAACCCAGACGCCGAUAUCAUGUGGCUCGUUGACAAUUCUGAGUGCAAACUUCCUACCUCUUUGGCAUUGUAUGAAGGAUGUCCUUCAUAUCGUAUGGUAAAGAUCUUUGCCAUAAACCAUCAGCUAUGGCAUGAUCCGCGUCCGCAAUGGGACAGCAACGUAAUGAGCUGGACAUUAGGAACAAUAGCAUUUCUACCGUACCAGAUGUGUGAGGAAAUAUACGUCGUUCUAAAUGAUGUAGCCUUUACCCUGGACCAUGGCGUCACUUUUGUCGAGCCAGUAGAUGGUCGUGAUGAGCCUCUUUCCUCUCGAAGGUUUACCUCCCAGGGCUAUGAGAAGCCUAACUCCGUUUUAUUCAAAGAAGCAGAACGAAGAAAGAAAAGUUUAGAAGACUUUAGAAAACAACUCUCCAAGUUCGAAGAUGACUAUCAAGAAAAUAUCAAUAAACAUACCUGGUUCAAGUAUCCACCUAUCAUACGAUAUGUUAUAGCAAAGCCAGGCAGGACUCCUUCCUUAUUUACGUGUGUCAAGAAUCAAAAGCCGACAGUUGUUGGUCACAAACCUCUCACUCCACUUGACAAGGACUUAUUGCCCGACCACCUAGAACUUCUGAUCUCGAAUAAAGAUGAUGACAUUUGGCUUCCGAUGGAAAAAGACAAGCAUUUUUAUAAUAGCGAUAACGCGGAGGAAGACGUGUACGAAGACGAUUUAGAGUACGAUAGCCAUGCUGAUAAUAGUGACGUAGAAGAUCAAGAUGACGACCAGGAGAAUAAGGAGGACAGGGAAAAUAUUAAGGAAGAGAUUGGGGCGGAGAACAAAGAUCUGGGUACUAGCACAAGUUCGAAUACGGAUCCUGACGAUAGAACUUUCCGAACUUUGCCUUUUAGCCCUGCUGUUGAGGUUCUUGGCUUUCAAGAUUACUCCGCGUUUGAAAACAAUGGAGAUGGGAUGGGUCAUGAUCAAAUGCCACUCCCAGAUGAAGAUGAUGCAGAUUUAUGA